UUGUGUAACAAAAUUGGGCCACGAGAGAAAAAGGGUUGAGUACCACUGGGGCGUAUGAAUCAUCACCGUCAAAGGACCUGGUAAACCUAGGGAAGACCGGGUCCCAGUAUCUGUACUGAUAAGUUACGGUCGCCGUUCCACAGUUUCGGCUUUGUUCAGGAGGUGAUUUUAGAGAAAUUUGGGUAAAGUAUUCGUUUUGCAUAUAUUUGAGCAUUGCUAUCUUGUUUUUCAGCAUGUGGAAUGAAUUAUCUGAUGGUAAUGAAACUGACUGGUUGGCAAGUUUCAAAAUAUGUCAACGAGCUUUUCAAAAUGAUCCUCUAUAUAUUUACAUACACCCUGAUCCGGAUAUUAGACGAAAAUUUCUUGCUGUGUAUUAUGAAUAUCUAUCUAUAUCCAGCAAUAUUUGAAGACGGGCGCGGAUUUCUAGCACUCAUUAAAACGAGGAAAGCUGACAAAGUCAAAAUAGUUGGAGCGACAGCAUGCUCAAUGGAGAAAGAUGAGGAUUUGUUAAAAGAAGCUUACAGUCGUUUUGCUGAUAUCGAUGAAGAAGAAUGGGAACUUCAAAAACACGAUGAGUGGGAAAUGGAGACUUAUGUCGGUAAAAUGCAUGAUUUGGCAGAUGAAUUUGGAAUGAAAAUUAUUUAUGGCGAUUUUCAAAUAAUUGAUGAUGAAUACAGAGGAAAAGAUAUCGGCACCAUGUUUGCCGAUAAAGGAAUUCAACUGCUGAUGGAUGCAGCACGCAAACGUUUGCAAUUAUAAGGAGUUGACAAACAAUCCAUGUGGUAUGGUGUUUGUGAUCAUCCAACUUCAAGAAAAUUUUUCAGAAAAAUUGGACUAAUUGAAGUACCACAGCUGCGUACUAACAAGCCUCGUGAUUCUAAAAAAGAAAUUUUAUACUCAUGGAUUUUUUUACACCCAUCUCUAACCGCAAGUUACAUCGAAGCGGCGAGACGAAAAUUUAGAUAUUCUGCAAACUUGUAACAAUCCACCUUAAAUCAAAUACUUUUCGAUUCGAAUGAUAUCUUAAUAGGUUAGUUCACAGGAUAAGCUAUACCUAAUUUCACUAAACGUUAUUUUAGUUUGGCGUUAUUACUGAUGCAAUAUAUGGCCCGUUCAUGACAGAAAUUAUCGUGUUGAUUAUUUGUAUAUUUGGGUGAACGUUUUA